AUGAGCCUCAGCAACAACCAAAAUGACCCUCACCAAAGCCCGAGUCCGUUCCUCGCGCGCCUGCCCGUCGAGAUCCGCUGCCAGAUCUACGACAUCUACAUGCUUGCCUACUUACCUGAAGCCCCGCGAACCGUCACCAAGACCGGACACUGGGGCGACGUCGACGAAGCCGUCUCUGCCGAUGACCAGCUGAUCAUGUUCGAGAGCGAGACGCAAGACAGCCCGCCACUCAUGCGCACCUGUAGGCAGAUUGCGCAGGAGCUGGGUCCCGUCGCAUCGAGGCACUUGCGCUUCGUCAUUGGUAGCAGCUCGACCAUAAGCGCGGCGUCGCCGCGAGAGGCCACGCUGUCUCUGCCAGAGCGCUGCUUGGCUACGCAGGAAACGACGGCGGCCGUGAAGAACCUGCAGAUCGAAUGGCGGUUGAAUCCGAGAGUCAUCCUGCCUGAGAGCUCGCUGCCAGUCAAAAAGCGCAACAUGCAGGACUGUCUCGCGCAUAUCCGUGCGCUCUUCCGGGAGAGCCCUGACGGAGAUGUGGAAGGCGUGGACGGCGGGAAGGAGGAGGGGCUGCCCUCUCUAACGGCACUCACAUCGGUCCGCGUGCACUUCGUCGUGCCCGAGGUCUUUGCUGAGCCGCUGGUGCCCAAAGCAAGCCCCUUUGCCGGGUUUCGUUUUCUAGGCUGGGCCUUGGAACCUGUGCUGGAUGUCCUCGUGGAUGAACUGUGCGCCUUCAGCCGUUCAGUGCGGUCUAUCGAAUUCGUCGGAACCCUGGGCAGAAAGUGGCUGGACGUGACAGCAGAAAGGUUGGCACCGAAGCAGAUCCAGGUCAUGCGCAGGCAGCUAGGGCCGAACAAGAAGAGGUCGCCCCAGCUUCAUGAGAUAUGCGGGCAGCUUGGCUAG